GGAGUAUAAGCGCGUGAGUUCGGGAGAAAAUCUGAGAAUUCAUCUCCCGCUUUUCAUGUCAGUCUGAUGCUGAAUUUUCCCCGUAACGGAUAUACACCGGGAAACCGGGAAAUUCGUUCGGAAAUUUGCGUGGUGCGAUCUUUUUCAUGUGAUUAAUUUUCGGAUACAUUGUUGAGACGUUCUUGGAUUGAAAUCUUUGCAUCAGACGAGAUAAUAACAUUGGGAGGUCCGUUACAUCUUUUUAAAUGGUUAUCCAGGUUUAACGUGAAGUUGAGAUUUUCUUCGGUUGAGUAUCUUUAAAGCAUUCCAAUCAAAUACAUAAUACGAAGUAAUGCCCCCGAUUUCUUUUCGACGCGGUGUUUUCUGUUGAUAAUAGUGUUCAAAAUAACAUGUUUCCGAGUUUUAAUCCCAUUUUGGGAACGGGUAUUGAAACUACAUCUACAGCUCCAACCCUUCGACGCGACAGUUCGACGGGAAGUGUAAGUGGUGGAUUGAAGUGCGGUUGGUUAUUGCAGAAAUUUUUUGAUGGAUUGGUUCCUGUGACAAGAUUAUGGGGUGUUAUGACUGCUAUCGUUUUGGCUGGCGUUGGUGUCGAAUUAUCGUUUCAUAGACAUCGAAUUGGAUACUAUCUCCUAGGCUGCUCGACGUUUGUGUUGAUAGCGGAAGUUACGUGGGUUGCAACACUUUUCCUACAAAUCUGCGUCAGAAACGAUCACAAAUUAUGGAAGUACUGGAAGGGAGUUACGUGGUUCUCGGUUUGGAAAAAAACACUAAUUUAUGCUCCAAUGAGUGUAUUACCUUUGAUUUGGCCACAUAAACUUUGGUUAUCAUAUGUCGCUAGUGGACAACUUCUUUCGUUGGCCCUGUUCCAUCUGAUAUUGUCAUUUCAAAGUAAAAAGAAGAAAAGAAGGAGGAAAGAUCAUUUGUUACAUACAGACGGCGACAGUUUUGAAAGUAGCAAAUUUGAAGAAAUAACCGAAUGCCUAGACGACUGUCUUCCAGAACCGAUACCGGGCAGUAGUCAUUCAAUUUCCGAUAGUUUAGUUGAACAAGAUACCAUACUCGAAAUUUGACCCGAAGUGCACAAACCACCUGAUCUCUUUAAACACAUUGUGGACUCGGGUAAUUGGAGCGAAGAAGAAACAAGUGAUUCUCCAGUGAAUAUUCCAUAAACAGAUUUUUUUAUAAAACGUAACGAUUGGAGUUUCGCAAUUUCUUGUGUAGAUAUAUUUUUUAUUCAUACAACACCUAUUUGCUUGAAUUUUCGGCUAAACUUUCUUAGAUCACAGUUGAAAGGUAUAUGUUUGCUAUGUAUUCACCUUCAUGUUUUAGCAUAAUGACAUGGAAAUUUAUUAGAUAGAGGAGCUAUCUGUUUAUUUAUAUUAAGUUUUCUAAGUGUGAGAUUAUGAGUAAUGUCAACGCGUAACUUAGCAAAUAGUCUGUGAAAGUAAGAAGUCUUAAAACAAGUCCACUACACAUUAAUUUAUUCCAAAAUAAAGAAGUUAACGUAAACUUCCUAAAGAAUUCUUCUGUUCUCAAUUUUAGUUAUUAGAUGAAUACCACACUGUGAUUUUAUUAGAACAUAGAAAUUGUGAUCCAUACGUAAAGCAAUCCUGCUUAGUAAGGAUACAAAGUUUUCGCUGACGAUGAGGGCCAAGUACAUAUUGAAGAUCAACUAUGGUUCCAAAACUGCACAAUGGAUCAGACCAUAGUGCAACUAUAAGGAUGAUAAGUCAACAGUUAAUUUUAAGCAUUUGUACGGUAAAUAACUAUGCGGAUGUUGAAAGAACGUUUUCGUUGAUCUUAUUGAGAAAAUUACUAAUUAUUUUUCACUUUUUCUCAGAAUUGUAAUAUGUCAUUCUAAAGAAUAUUCCAACAUUUAAAAGACUUUGACCGGCGAGUUAAAAGCAAUAGCAGUUGAAAGAGUUCAACGGUUUUACUAAUAGUGAGAAUAUCUCUCCGAAUGGAUUACUUUCGAGGACACUGCUUGGAUUGCAUGGAUAAAUUGAAAGUUUUGAUAAUGGAAAAUUAGUUUCAUAAUUUUUUUCAAAAACCUAGUACGUAUGGAAAAACUAAUUUGUAGAACAGUAAUAAUAAAAUAAAUUUAUGAAGACGAAGCAUUUACAUUAAAAUAAUCCAGUCACACCAAUAAGGUGAAGAAAAUAGUUGAUGACAUCAACAGAUUCCCAGUCUUUUACUAGAAUUCUAAUAGGUUUGUUCCAACUGACCAUCAUUAAUUGGUAGCGAGAUUAUUCAGAAACUGCUGUGAUUUUUUUAGGCGCACAAUCCCUAAUAUUUCAAAUUAAAACGGUAUGAAGACGCUUUUACAAUAUUUUCAAUACAAAAUCCUGAAAAUGAGAUUGAUCAAUUAUUUAUUUUUAAAACUUAAAAACGUACAGUUGGGAUAUAAUAGUCAAGCUUUCCUCUGAAAGUAUAUGGAUAUUAAAUUUUGGCUUGUUAAGGAAAAUACUGAUUUACACAUACUAGAAAUGUGGAAGGUUGAAAGUUUAGUUGAUAUUUGAAGUUAUGAGAGAUAUAAAAGAAAUUAUGCCUUCUCACCAUGUCAACUAACAUCUAUUGAGAAGGUUCAAAAGAUACAAUUGAAAUAUUUCGUAUCAAAAUCAUACUGGUGUCUUACGGAAAAAUUUUCCCCUGGGUAGAUGGAAAAAGUUAGUUCGAAUUGCUUAACAUGGCUUAUAAAGCUGAUUUCUCAGCUGACAUUUCGAAUAUAAUGAGCUCCAACGUGAAAGGAAAUCCUAUUUUUUAUAUCACUAUCAUUGCCAUCGGACAUAUAAUUAACAUUUGAAAGCAUGUUUGCAGCUAUAGCUGUAGCUUGUAGUAGCUUUUAUUUUGGACCAUCGAAAACUCAUUACGUAUAAUUUCAUACCGAAAAUUUCAAUUCUGAAAAAAAUUAUGGGAUGAUUAGACCUUUUUCCAAAUUUUUGUUUGGCUUGAUAAUAUUUUUGACUGAUAUCAGCUGUUUGCCUAACCUUUUCCUGUAUUUUUGGCAAAAUAAGUCCCGCCACGUUUCCGAAGUCAUAAUCUACUAUUUCACGACAGGGUGCAUUGAAGAGUCUUUGCUCAACAAGCGAUUUAAAUUACAUUUUGGAAAGUCUUUCACAUAAUGUACCACUGUUUUAAUAUACGUUUAAUAUAUGUUCACUCUAUACGUUCUAUUCACAAUGGUAGCUGCUACAAUCCACCACACGUGUGACCAACGCGUAUUUAAACGUAUUUAAAACUUAGAGGCAAAAUGGGCUUUCCCAACAUCCCCAAAAAUAAAAAACAAUAUAAGUUAAAUGAAUAAAAUUGUGUUCCUUGUGACUGUAAUCAUCAAAUAUUUUUCUUCUUGACUCAUUCAAACUAGAAAUCAUUUUUGCUCGAAAUAUUAAUCAAUUCAUCCAGUAUUAAAAAUUUGCUCGAUUUGUUUAGAAUGCAAAUAUUGUAAGAGAGCAAAAAUAAUAUAUAAUAUCAAAUUAAACUAUAACUGUUUCUCAGGAUCAUGUAUUGUUCGCGAACGGCUACAAAAUCAGAUGAAACGUCUCUACAACAUUUGAAAAAUCUUUUUAGAACUGCGCUUGUACGAUUUCAAUUGAGUUGGAACAUACCUUCUUUAUUCAAACAAAUACUAGAAUGUUUUUUUUAUUCUCAAAUAUUUUAGAAGUAAAUUCGCCCGCUGCGUGCUUAAGGGAUGCAUUAUGCUAAAAUACUGAUAUCAUUAAGUCAACGAGAUCUUUUUAUCUUUCUAGAUUCUAGUCUCACACAUAUUUUUUUUAUUAAACAUGACUAUAGUGAGAAUAAAGAUGUAAGCGAAAUUUCAAUUUGACAAAUAAGUUGCUUAAUAUAUGUAAAUCAAUUUAUUUAUUCCUAAUAUCAACAUGCCAAUAUUUUUUUUUACUGUAAUCUAUUUAAUAAGUAGUCUUUGACCACUGAUUGAUGAUAUAUUUUAACUGAAACUUCAUAUACAGGGUAAUUUACUGACGGUAGUUAACAUUGUUAUAUAUUUGAUUUUCAAAAACAUUGGGAAAAUUUAAUGAUAGCGACAGGACAUAUUUUUUCAUUAUUUUUCUUGAUAAAAAAUGGAAGGGUUUAACAAGAUGAUUAAAUGAAGCCUAAAUGAAGAACAGUAUCGAAUCUAAUUUCAUACCAAUGUGUCAAAACUUCCUAACAACUUCUGUGAGGUAUGAACUCCCCCAGUAAGUCUCCUCAAGCUUAUUGGCGUGCGUUUAAUAACAACCCUUUUGGUUUUUCACAUUUUGUCACAGAAAUUAAAUGAUAUUAAUGAAUUUCUUCCCUUCCGUCUUGGAAAAACAAAGCGGAUGAUGCAUCAUAGGUUUACGUAUAUGAGUUAAAAUCAAGGGUCACUUGACAGUGGCAGCAUUCUGAAUCUUGAAGACAAAAAAAAUAACAUCAAAGUGAGAACAAACUGAAGAAAUGUUGACCGUUAUCACAGAGAUGAUGUCCGCCACAAAAAUGCUUCCAAAGGUCACCCGAUCACUAAGAAAUAAUACCUUGAGGAACCGACUCUGCAUAAAUAAAAUGAUGAAGCUAUCGAAACAUAAAAGAUAAUAAAAGUGUUGCAUUCUUUUCACAAACUUAUUCUCUGUCAACCGCUGCAAAAUAAAGUUUCUUCUAAUUGUGAAAUGUGUUUAGAAAAAUCUAAACAAAAAUUUUUUAUACCUAAUUGACGCAGUUGGCAGGAUACGCAUGAGCUUCGAAAAAUAUUGUUCUCAUAGUGUGGUGAGUGAAACUCAGAACCUUUUAACACCUCAAUUGCGUUUGACCAAAUCCAUGAGCGCUAAACUUGCCAAACAAACUAUAAAUCCCUUUAACUACUUUACUUUUCCAAACACCAUGGUACGAAGAUUUUGAAAGAAGUAAGAUCAUAGCGAACAAUUUUAUUGUGUAUUACAACAUUAGCUUCAUAUCAAUGUUCAGUUUAUUUCUUUACUGGCAUUAAUGAAAUAACAAGUGGAAUUUCAAAUAUAAAAGAGGAAUGUUUUUAUUAUCUUUUAUGUUUCGAUAGUUAUGUCAUCAUUAUAAUUAAGCAAACGCUCUUUCUUCAUAUGAAAGGUAGCCAAAUUUAACAAAGUAUCACGGCUUAGGACAGUCUCUGAACAGUCCAUACGUAGGUCCGUGUGAAAAAUAUUGCUCCAAGGGUACUAGUUCAAUGAAAAAUAGACAGAAAAACUAAUGAGACGAUUACACCGAAAAUUGAUUUCUACGUCUGAUUUAAGAAGUGGAGAAUCACUAGAGACAUGUCAUUCGAUCGAAUCGGGAUUAUUGUGAGAGAUGUUACUAGCCAGAUAAUGAAGAAUAAUACCAAAAAAGACAAUUAUAGUCCCAAUAUCAUUGAAACAAGGCUAGUAUCUGAACGUUACGCAGCUGUAAAUAAAUAGUGACAAGUGAUAUCAUUUUAAACCGCAGAAGAGCCUUUGUAAGACUUGAAACAACAGCAAUAAAAGAAAAGUAGUAUUGAGAAAUAGUAGUAACAUCUCAAUAUUAAUAAAGACGAAGAAUUAUAUUUGAAUUUGUGAAUAAAUUGAUUGGGAAAAGAUGAUUUGGAUAUAAGAAUAAUAUACUUGGUUGAAUAAAUGUAUGUUUUUGAUAAAUAACCUAGUUGAAAUAACAUUUAAUCGUUACUUCCUUCAACAUACUUUAGAUUCCAUAAACCAACUGAUUCAGUUACCCAGAUAUGAAUAUUUCGAUAAAAACCCGACAGUAACCUAUAAGCUCUUCCUGGAAAUGUACUUGAAGUGUACUUCGUUUUUUUAUUACAACAAAAUUCCAAUCAGCUCCAUUCGAAUUACUGUAAUCAGAUCAGCGUUCAGGCAUAUGAGAUUAUUCAGAGUUUGAACUAUAUGUCUAUCGAUCUUUUUCUAGAUGAAACACUUCGUAACUAGUUCAAACGACCUGGAACGUCCAUUAUAGAAAACUUGUUGUAGUAGUGGACCCAAUUGUAAACACACGUUCAGAAGACAACUUUUAUCAACAACGAUAAGAUCUAGAUCUGCUCGUGAUAUAAAAAGAUUUCAGUUAAUAGAUUUUGUGAUAAAGAAUUGAAAAUGAAGAAUUAUGCGGUUUAUGUAAGCAAUUCCCUCACCGUCGGAUUGGCCAUGGCAGUGAAUUGGAGUGACCAAUUCCAGUAAAAGUUAAGUAAAAACAUGAAGCCAUAGAAUAGUAAAAUUUGAAUACAUAUCUUAGAAACAGUUUAUACUUUGAAGAUCAAGAGAGAAUAACUUUUUUCCACAGAAAUUAAUUAAGAGAGGGACAAAAAUUUGCAGUUUAUUUUAUCUCAUUCAUAUGACGCAAGUAGCGACAUCUACGAGUUCAUUAGAAUGCUGGGUAUUCAAUUAAUUUUCUCAAGAAAUCCAAAACAUUUUUUCAAAUCUUAUGUUUCUAAGAAGCAAUCAUUAAUAUUGACGAAAAUAUUAUUUUUGCCUGCUAAACGUGUGAAAAGUAAAUAUUGGCUCAUUACUUAGGGUAUUAACUAACCUCACAAAACGACAUGAAUUUUUCUUCAUCCACCAUAGACUUACUCUUAGUGAUAAUAGUCACAAGCUUGAAUAAACAUUAAAAUUCAGUUGAAAAAGUGAAAAAUUUGAAUUUACGUCAGAUUUGGAUGAAAUGGUUUUAUAAUAUGAGUUAGUAUCACUGAAUAGAACAGAAUAUUGACAAAUUUGCUCAUUGUCGAAGACUCAACUUUAACUUUGGUAAGAAUAUUAUGGGUUCAACUAAUAAUUUGGUUUUAUUCAUAUCCUUUCUCUCUAUAAUUCACCAUAUUAUUCAAAUGUUCAGUAUCGUAUUCACACCAUAUAUGGUUGCUUAUAAUUCAUCUCUUUGUGUUUUGGAUCCUCUUUCGUAAAAUCUAUAUUUAGUAUGAAUAAAUUUAAAUAGGGAAUAACAUCUGUAGAAUUCGCGUUGUUUUGCAAUUAGAUCGUUUGGUUCGCCUUUCAUUUCUCAUUUACGUUGCUUAGAUCUGUUAUUUUCAAAAUAAGUAUCUUUAAUUUCAAAGCUACUAAAUUUGAUAAGAUUUUGUUGACAUGUUGAUAAUCUUAAUUGUUGUAAAUAUUGAAUGUGCCAAAUUUUAAAUGCCACGUUUGUUUUUAAAUAAAAUUUAUGCCUAAUUAAAUUUUUUACGAUGUGUUAUAAUAAAUGUACUCAUAUUUAUAUGUAAAUAUAAUUAUAAAUACAUGGUUUCUAAAAAA